UAUGCCGUUUUAUUUGUCUUAUUUUGCAGUUGUAGGUAGUUCGUUGAUGGUACUACCCGUGUUUUAUUUAAUUUAGUAUUACAAGUUCUUUUCAGACAAAAUGUAAAACUUUUCUAGAAGUUUAUUUUAAAAUUAUGUGCAAUGAUUUACUAAAAUUUUUGUAAGGAUAAUAAUAGGCUGUUACAUGGGUAUUGGAAAUCGGAUAUGGUUACGUUCUAGGCGGAUCUUCAAGAUGGAAGGCUGAUUUCUGCCAAAGCAAAAAAAGACUGCAUUUAGGCGUAAAAGCCAAAAUUAGACGAAUAUGGAUACGAAAAAAGUUAACGCCCAAUGCUAAAUCCUGUGAUAUUAAUCAGACAUUUCGCAGAACAUGUCUACCUUUAUUACUAAGCCUUCAGGAGGCUGGAUUCACUCUGAUAAAGUGAUAUCUAAACAAGGAGCCACAUAUGUUAUUAGAUACAUUGGUUGCUUAGAAGUGAAGGUUUCAAUGAAACAGUUAGAAUUUAAGAAUAGAUCAAAUGUAGCAAAAUUGUGUAUUAGUAAAGUUUGUGAGGCUGCUGGUUUAAAGACUGCUGAUAAGAAAAAAAAGGUUGAUAAAAAAGUGUUGCAGUGCAUAGCAGAUACUCCAAAAAUGGAUUAUGCUGGGACCAAUGUUGAUCUUACCAUAUCAAGUUCAAGUUUAAUACUAACAUCAUUGGAAACUGGCCAAGUUAUAGCUAGUCAUGAUAUGCCACGUAUUUCAUUUGCCUCAGGUGGUGAUACGGACACAUUGGACUUUGUAGCCUACAUAGCUAAAGACAUGAAUGAUUGGCGUGCUUGUUAUGUCUUGGAAUGUGGAGGUGAGCUUACAAAGGAUGUCAUCUCCACUAUAGGACAAGCGUUUGAAUUAAGAUACAAACAAUACAUGAAACCUGCUCAAAUUGCACUAGCCAUGGGCCAACCUGGAACUUCUACUGGAGGAGAUGCAGAUAAAGAUUAUUACAAUGAUCUUCCUGGCAAGGUUCCUCCUGAUGUGGGUCCACCACCAGUACCUCCAUUACCAGCUGUUGUGCCUCCUUUCACCACUUUGCCACCUGUACAAAGUCCUAACUUAAUUGAUUUAAGUGCCGAACCACUAAUGGCAAUAGAUACAAGGCAACAUGAGUAUGUCAACGAAUGUAUGGUCUUUUCCAGGGAUAGAGAUAUAUUUGAUAUGCAACCUUUCACACAAGCAAAAUUAACUUCAAAGAAAAUAGAUGAAGAAAAGGUUGCAGAAUUGAAGAAGGAAAUUUGGUUUCACGGCCAAAUAAGCAGGGCAGAAGCUGAAAGACUUCUACAGAGAGACGGCGAUUUUUUGGUUAGGGAAUCUCCCAACUCCGAGGGACAGUAUGUUCUUUCUGGGAUGCAAGAAAAUGCCAAAAAGCACCUUCUACUGAUUGACCCGGAAGGAGUGGUUAGAACGAAAGACAGGAUGUUUCAAAGUGUCAGUCAUCUUAUUAACUACCACUGUGAGAACUCUCUUCCAAUAAUAUCUGCUGAAAGUGCCCUUGUACUUCGAAAUCCGGUACCACGUGCCUACUAAGCUAAGUUACUUAGUUUUUAUCUCGAAUUUUACUUUAUUCUCAUUUACGCGAAUUUCAAGUGGGAGAGAAGGACUGUAUGGUCGGAAAAUAGAUGCAUUUUAGG